UCUUCGUCACAAGACAACACACCCUUCAGCAGUUUACUGAUGCACCUGCGUCUCAGGUGUCAGCAAAGCGUGAGGGAGAGCGUUAAAGACCGGCACUUUACAGCACCUGAAGGACCCCAGCUAUUAAACAAGACUUGUGACCUUGACAGCUCUCUCAUCCCAUGAGACUUGGUGCAUCAUGAGAUCACGCGACCUUUUCCUGCUGGUUUACUUACUGGGGAGCUGCUUUGGAGCAUUAAGUGCACAAAGAAAUGCAACUUGCUCUUCUGGAGAAACUUGUGGACAGGUGCUGGAUUCGACCUCGCACUUCCUCCAGUGUGUGGGAUUGUCAUCGACAGACACGGGGAGGGACCACAUGCGGAGGCUCAAAGGAAUGCUUGAGGCAGCGAUGGAUGUGUACACCUUCAUGAGGUCCAGCAUGACCGGAGUGCCGCUUCUCAGCUUGCAGGGGGAGCUCGAAUUACACUCCAGAGCAGAUCCCCUCCAGAACGAGGCCCUGGUGCAGAUGUGGAUGGAAGUCAAGAUUAAACCGCUGCUGACAUCGAUCAGCAAACACUUCCUGUCCUGCCUCAGCACCAAGAACUUCAGCUGCUCCACCUAUCAGACCAUGGUGAGGGAGCUCAGUCACCAUUACUCUGAGAUGAAUCCAGUCAGACAGAAGUGGAUCUACACAUUCUUCAUGUACCCCUUUUUGUCUGGAGACAGAGUAGCUGGCUGUGUGAAUAAGGACGAGAGCAGUGAGGAGUGGUUGAUGAAGAACUUUGGUGCCUUCAGGGCCAUGGCCCGAAUGAAGGACUUUUCAUCACUCAACAUGGUCUUCAAUGGAUUGGAGGUUCUUCACCUGCUUUCUCCAGCGCAGAAGGCCGAGCUGCUGCUGAGGCCCGAGGUUGCAGGUUUAGACAACGGCACCCUAAGCCUGGUCUUUCACAAUUUGUUGACAGGGGGCUCUGGUCCCCUCCCCACUGCCAUGCCUGGAUGGGACCACAAUUGGACGACCCCUGGAUACCCACCACUGCCCCCACAAAACAGCUUCAGAGAGCUUGUAAAUGGGGUCAUAAUGGCUUUCAAACCUGUCGGGAGCUUCGUUCAUGAGUUUGUUUCCUUCACACGUGAGAGGGAUGUUUCACAACUAAGAAGCGCCACUCUGACCCAGUUCCUGCUUAACUGGACUCUGGCUGAGCUGGCAGACUCGUACAGGCCAAAAAACACAUCUGUAGUUCCAGAGGUGCCCAUGUUUGAUGUGACCAACGUGGAGGACUGGUACCAGCAGGUCGUGAUGCCGGUGUUACGGAGAUUCUUGCCGAAUGACGAGGCUCUGAUGCAUGACAACGUCAGACUCGCCUUCCAUCGACUGUUCUAUCUGGACCAAAACAUGGACAAUGAAACCUCUGAAAUCCUGGAUGUCUGCAGCAUCACUCUGGAUAAAUCCUCUUGUGGGAUGACCGACGCAGUGCAAAAUGUGGCCAGCGUCUUGCACUGUGCUGCUCGCACCAACCUGACGAUGUCUGAGGCGACCAUCAUGAGACUGAUCGUGGAGCUGACGGGACAUCUGAACUCGAUGAUCAAAGAGUUGUCCACAGCGAACUUCAGCGAGGUGGCGUCUGACUUUCAGCAGAUCUUCGGUGAGGGGGAACCUCCCUCUCUGACCCAGGAGCACCUGAACGACCCGAACUUCAUCCAGCUCUGGUUCCAGAUCAAACUGAUGCCCCUCCUGCCCAGCGUCUCCCCAGGCCUCCUGUCCUGCCUCAGCACCAAGAACUUUUCCUGCCUAGUUUACCAUAGCAUUGUGGCAGCACUCAGCAAACACAUGAGUUUUCUGGACGCUGAUCCGAUCUACAGUCAUAACAUCUAUGAGCGCUUCAUCUAUCCCUUCCUGCUGCAUCACAACACCUCCAAUCCUCAGUGUUUGUUCUCAGCCAAUCACAGUGCAGAAUGGCUGAAAAACAACUUUGGUUUCUUCUCAAGAUUCGCCCCCAUCACUGACUUCUACAAGCUCAAUCCAAACUUCUCUGGACUGGACGUUCUUCCCAUCUUGUCUCCGAAGCAGAUGGCAGAGAUGCUGCUGUUGCCUCUUCCUACUCCGCCCGAGAAAGACGUCGUCAUCAACAGAGUGUUUGACUUCCUGUUGGAGUCCCCUGGGGACAUGAAACUUUCAGAGACUGUGCAUUAUGUGGUCCUGCUUGCCAAAAAGGUCGAUCCACCCUGUGGUGUCUACAGACACAUUUUCGACAGACUUUACGGAGCUUUGCCUUCUCUGCCACCCGACGUGGAAGCUACCAUCUGGACUGGCAUCGACAAGCUGAUGAACAUGGCACCAGAGGGCUGCAUCAUCUUCAGUGGGGAGUGCACCGUUACCAUGACAAAUGAAACAGAUAUUUGUGUCGGAGUGAACAGCACAAUGCUGCAGCUCCAUCUUGACAGUGGACGACUGAAGGGCCGUUUCUGUGAUUUUUCUGUUGAGGAGUUUGCUUGUGCCUCGCUGUCAGCGUUGAAAGCAGAGGAUCUGGCAGCCAUGUUGGUAUGUAAUCGCUCCUCCAGCUCCGGGAGCUCAAGAUCCGCCUGGAAGCUUCUCCUCUCCAAGGCCUCACGUGUGCUGGAUGAAGCCCUGGAUCUUCUAACCAACACGACUCUGGAUCCCAGAAACCCUGCAGUGACAGUGGUUUUGGACUCUAUACGAGAAAUCCGACUGGACACAUUCAGCGUGGCCAGCUUCAAUGAUCCUGCCCUCAUCCAGCUGUGGUUCAACCAGCGGCUGCGUCCAUUCCUGACUGCUGUUUCCCCAGACUUCCUGUCAUGUCUCACCACAAAGGGAUUGAACUGCAGCACCUACCAGCACAUUGUGCAGAUUCUGAGCCGCCUCCAGCCGCACAUGACAGUUUCCAGGCAGAUGUUUGUCUACACACACUUCAUUAAGGUUUUCCUGAGCAGGAAUAGCACCACAGAUCCCAGCUGCAGCUUGCACAUUAACAACAGCGGAGAAUGGCUGCAGAAGAACUUGGGAGGUUUCUCCGUCCUCGUGUCCUUCCGAGACCUGCUGAUGCUCUACUCCAACUUUUCGGCGAUGGAAGCUCUACCACAGCUGACAGUCAGACAGCUGGCAGAGAUGGCAGGCACACCAGGCCAGCUCACCUCUUCUGCUCAGGUUAUCAUGGUGAUGAACCACAUCCCCAACCAUCUCCUCACAGUCUUCUUUGAUGACUUCUCGCCUGCUAUCAUGGCUCAUCAAAGCAUGUUCCCCCCUGCGGUGAGGUCAGCGAUGCUGCAAGUUGUGUUUGCUCGUGCAAACCUCUCAGAUCACUCAGUCAGUGAUUCUGUUGUGUUGACGUGGCUCCACAACCGACUGCGCCCCCUCCUGGUCGGCCUCUCACCGCUGCAUGUUGCACCGUUCUUCAGCAUACUGGCAGGAAGAAACUGCAGUAUACAGCAGCAGGGAGUCCAAGAUCUGAAUUCAACAAUCAUUUCACUCAGUGAAGUUACACAGAAAGAAAUCCACAAUCACAUCAUUGAGAGUCUGAAAGGAGCAGUACCUCUUCGGUGCUAUGGUAACAACUACAACCACAGUUUCUAUGCCUUCUUGGAGCAGUCAUUCUUGGGAUUCCAGUUCCCCAACCUGACCACCUUCCUGUCCCUCAUGCCUCCUGACAGAAUGCAUCAGCUGGUGAACUCCAUGCCUCCAUCAGAUCUUGGAGAUUUUCUCCGCCGCCCUGAUGUUGUCGACAACAAUGCAGAACUCUGUGGGAUCUACAACAACUACAUCCAGACACCGAUGUUCCUCGAGACUGAGUCUCUGCCAGCGGUGGUGCAGCGGCCGACACUGCCUUGUGUCUGGCCCAUGGCUCUCAGGAGCUCCAAGAGGUCAGAGGUCAACGCAUGGUUUGACCUACGCCUCCAAAACUACUUGGUCUUCCUCACUAAGAGUCUGAUCAGCCCCAGCAGUACUCACAACGCCUCCUGCCUGGCCUUCCAAAAGCUAGUUUCAGUUCUUGGUGAAUACAACUACAGUACUGCAGACUUCACGAGGAAAGAUGUGUUCAGCACCAUCAGGGCUUAUCUCACCUCAGCGACUGUGCCAAGGUGUUACAAUUCCGCCGACCCAGAGCUAAACUCUACAGCAUGGUUUGCUGAGUACAUCGGCCCCUUCAUGCCUUUCCUCACUCUGGAGGCUCUUCAGACAUUUGGAUCUGCACAGGUCAUCCAGGUGUUCACAGUUAACCCGCUGAACAUCGCCCUACUCAACCACUCCGCCUUACCUCUCAACCUCACCAACUACUACACUCAGCUCAUUUAUCAACAGGACAGCAACUUCAACCCCUUACUUCUUCCUCUUGUGUGUCGGUGUGUAGCUCCUGGUCCGGCUUUCACACAGCUGACCGCAGAAGAAAGUAUGAUUAUUCUGUACAACCUCACCACUCUCUGUACAGACCUGGACCCACAGAUUUCCGCAGCUUUGGCAGGUAAUUUUGGAGACAACAUUGGCGCCAUAGCCAUUUCUCUCCUCGGCAAUGAGAGCACUGGCCUGUCCACUGGGCAGAUCAUGAGAAUAAAACCUCAGGACCUCUUAGCUGCCCUCAGCACUCUCAGUAGUGUGAUGGGCUGGAAUGAAGGUCAGGCCAAAGCCAUCAUCAGGAUUCUGAUGUCUUCAGGGAUGAUGCAGAUCAACAGCGCGUCGUCAUUGUUCAGUCUGGGCUCUCUUGUUGUGGGUGUACCAGCAACGACGUUCAGCAGCAUCAGCGGCUCCCAGCUGCUUAUUGCAUCCAGAAAUCCUUCAUUUUUGGUGCACUUGUUGACCGCGCCACAGAUCGUCCAGAAGACCUUUGUUACUCAGAUCGUAUCAGUGAACAGCAACAGCGAGAUGAUCAUACAGAACAUUCCAGAUGAUUUCGCCACCGAGAUCCCUCGUGCUAUGCUGCUGGGCUUCUCAAGUAACACCAGCGUUAUCACCACACUCAACCGGAAGAAAUGGAAACGGCAGCAGGUUGAGUUGUUCUUUGAUGUGGUAGCAGUGGGAACCGCGACCACAGCGCUGGGAAGUCCAAACAAUUUGUCAUCCUCAGUGCUGCAAGGCUUCACAUGCACCGGAGUGAGAACUAUUGAAAAGGUUCAGAUCAACAAACUGAUCAAGGCCUGUCGGAGGAGAGGCAAGAACAAGGUCAUACUGAUGGAGACUCAGCUGACCUGCAUGUACAACUACAUUAAGGAACAGUCUGACGUCACCAGCUUCGACCUCUAUCCCCAUGAUGUGCUUCUGUACUAUGAUUACUCCCUGGUGCCACAGGCCAGCUGCAGGUCCUAUUUUCAGCAGCUGGCGGAUGCAGAUUUCUCCGUCUUCUCCUCCGUCCUCAGCUACAAAUUGACUGCACUGUUUGCUAAUGCCAGGAGUUGCCUGGGUAUAACCAGCACGAGUCUGACUGAGGAUAAUAUAUCAGUGUUGGGAAACAUGUGCUGCACUCUGGACGCGUCCUACAUCGACAACUCCGACCCGUCCAUCUUGGAAAAACUCAAAAACUGUCCAGACCUCACUGACGCUCAAGCGGCUGCUGUUGAAGCUCUGCUGCAGAGCGGGAAAACACAGUAUGGAGCUCCAUCAACAUGGAAUGAACAAACUCUGGAGGACCUGGGGAUGUUACCGCUGUAUUUGACUUCGACCUUCUACGAUAACUUUGACAAAAAAACGAAGCGUCAGUACCUGAGGUAUUUCCUGAAGGUUCUGAGGAACAACAGAGUGAGCAGGCAGAGGAGGAGGAGGCUGAAGAGAGAAAUAAGAAAGUCCAUUAGAAAUAAGACAAAGCGAGCAGUGGUAAACGAGUGCACAGUCGGAACGAUCACCCAGGUGACUAUCAGCGAUGAGACCUUCCCCUUCGACUACGACGACGUAAACCAGUUCAACUCCUGCCUCAGUGCCACCACUGUUAAAGACAACUUGGAUGCUAUCACUGGGAAGGUGGACCAGGAGGAAUACCUCGCCAUUGUUCUCAGCAAGCUGAGAGAGGCUUACGCUGCCGACUCUGCCAUCCCAGAAAGUCAGGUUCAGCUCUUAGGCCCGGCGUCCCGUCAGGCCACCUUGGAGGACAUCAACAUGUGGACUAUCACUGAGAUCGACACACUCUCUGCUUUAAUGGCCUCGUCGAACGGGGAGUGGGACCCAAGUCUGGCUAAGGCCAUCGUCUCCAAGUAUCUGCGUAAGGAAGGGAACAAACUUGGCAGUGCUGAGCUCAGCGCCAUUGGAGGAGUCAACCUGUGCUCUCUGGACGUGAGCGUUUUGAUGAACAUUUCCCAGCAAAGCCUCCGGGAAGCUGAGGCCCUGACUGUGUCCAGCUGCACCACAGAGAAAAAGAAAGCAUUGUUCACCAUCGCCAGACAAGCGUUUGCCACAACAACACGCGCUGAAACUAUCUCCGCUAACUCCUACCAGCUCACACAAUCCUAUGUCGGGGGUGCAGAUUUAGCUUAUGCCCGAAGUUUGUCGGCCUCCAAUAUCAACAUGGACUUGGCCACUUUCAUCAGUCUGGAUGAGAAUGUUGUACUGAGCCUGACUGUUGAUGAAGUUAAAGGUCUUCUGGGCACCAACCUGGCAGAUCUGAAGUCCUAUGAGAACCAGACGCUGGUACAGAGUUGGAUCAGGGCGCAGCCCCAGUCGCAACUCAACACACUGGGACUGGGGAUCACAGGGGGCAGGGCUGACGCGACAACCAGCUCUCCAACCAGCUCUCCAACCAGCUCUCCAACCAGCUCUCCAACCACUGCCACAAGCAAGCCAACAUCCUCAUCUGGAUCCACCAGCUCCACUGCUGCCACCACGGGUAACGACGGUGCCCGCAUCCGAGCAGACGCCGGCCUCUCCUUCCUUGUUCUCCUCGUGCUGCUCAUCACUUCUGAGCACUUUCUUGUAUGAAGAAUCACAUGGCUGAUUAUUGUAUUUGAUUAAUCCAUGUCCACUAAUUAAAAGAAAUAUUGUCAAAGAAGUGAUACUGAGGCCUUACCGUAAACCAUAAGUGACAUUAAAUGCCACUUGCUACAUGCUAAACUUCAUGUGCAAUAACAGUACAAUAGAUGAUGUGAAUAAUGUAUACUUCAUUAACCUUCAGUACAAAGUGUGUAUGUUCUGAAACCUCAUAUUUACUAUUUUUGCAUUGGUGGCUUGUCCUCACGUGUUUUAAUUGAUAAAAUGAAGGCGUAAUAGAAAAAUGAAGGCAAGAGUUUCUGCUGUUGACGUACUUAUACGUGUCCAUUUUGAAAUAGCACUUUCUUUAGGUGGGCUUACAUUGAAAGCGAACACAACGUGUCUGGAGCUGUAUGACAUUAAUAAUAAAUGCACAUUGUAUGUA